GUGGUGACGACUCGCCGGCCUGCUGAGGUGGAUGGGAGCUGUAGUCCCCAAGGCAAGGCCUCGUUGCUAAGCAGCGGCUUGGCCGGCGACGCUUAGGAAGCGGCGCGGUUUCUGCAGGCGUCGCAUACCUUUGACGUCCUUUGUAAAGCGCGCCCGGUUAAGAACGCGGGACGGGCCUCGGGAAGGGGAAAGACCGCCGCCGCCAUGAAAGAGACGCCGCUGUCCAACUGCGAGAAGCGGUUCCUGCUCCGGGCUAUUGAGGAGCGAAAGGUGCGAGGUGGCGGGACGUGGAUGCUCCUAGGCAGGAUUGCGCGUGUUUAUGUGCCGGGACUCGUGGGGGAAAGGGCGCCGCUGGCGGGGUGGGCGUGGAUUCCGUCCCGGCGGGCGGGAGAGGCGGUGCCCGUGGGGACGGGAGGAGCCUCGGGAGCGUGUUGUUUAAAAGGUCAUGACGCGGCUGGGAGAAGAUGUUACUAGCUGUCAUUAACUCGAAUGGUGAAAGAACGACUCGACCUCUGGCAAUGGAUGAAGCUGUAUUUUAAGCUGAAUAACAAUUAUAAUACCCCCCUCCCAAUCUGGCUGGGCUUCCCCAGUCAUUGUGGAUGGCUUACAGCACAUAAAAAAUUGUAAAACUUUAGACGUUAAAAAUUUCCUGAUAUAGGGCUGCCUUCAGAUAUUUUUUAUUUUUUUUGGAUUUGAUAUCCCGCUUUAUCACUACCCGAAGGAGUCUCAAAGCGGCUAGCAUUCUCCUUUCCCUUCCCCCUCCACAUCUUCGAAAAGUCAGAUAAUUGUUAUUUCCUUGACAUCUGAUGGGAGGGCAUUCCACAUGGCAGGCGCCACUACCGAGAGGGCCCUCUACAGUGAGGGAACUUUUCGCAGUGAGGGAACUGCCAGAAGGCCCUCGGCGCUGGACCUCAGUGUCCAGGCUGGACGAUGGGGGUGGAGAUGCUCCUCCAGGUAUACUGGGCCGAGGCCAUUUAGGGCUUUAAAGGUCAGCACCAACACUUUGAAUUGUGCUCAGAAACGCACUGGGAGCCAAUGUAAUUCUUUCAAGACCAGUGUUAUGUGGUCUCGGCUGCCGUUCCCAGUCACCAGUCUAGCAGCCGUUUUCUGGAUUAGUUGUAGUUUCUGAGUCACUUUCAAAGGUAGCCCCACUUAGAUCGCAUUGCAGUAGUCUAAGCGGGAGAUAACUAGAGCAGUCUGCGGGCAGGUAGGGUCUCUGCCUGCACACCUGGUGGAGCUGGUAGACAGCUGCCCUGGACACAGAAUUGACCUGCACCUCCAUUGACAGCUAUGAGUCCAAAAUGACUCCCAGGCUGCGCACCUGGUCCUUCAGGGGCAUAGUUACCCCAUUUAGGACCAGGGAGCCCCCCACCUGCCCCCAUGUCCCCCCCAAAACAGUACUUCUGUUGAAUUGUACAUUGCCUUGGGGUGUGGAGGGCCAAAGGGCAGUUUUAUAAAUAUUUUUAAUAUUUCUGGAAACUUUGCCCACCAAAAGGUGGCUACUCUAGUGUUAAAGACUGUUGGAAUGUGUAGGGGAAAUCUAAGCUGCAUCCAGCAAUUGUUGACCUUGUGCAACUGGUUCUGUACUUCUGUGGCUUACCUUCCCAAUCCCACACUUCACAUCUGUAACACUGCUGUGCUCUUCCUUUGUAGCGUCUGGAUGGGCGACAGUGCUAUGACUACAGAAACCUCCGCAUUUCCUUUGGCACUGACUAUGGCUGCUGUAUUGUGGAGCUCGGAAAAACCAGGUAUUUCAAAAGAAGGGAACACAAGUAUCCAGGCAUAACUGAACCACCUCACUGCCACCAUUUCUGUCAUGGCAGUAUGCUGUGUCACUUACUUGGGGACCUACUUAUUAUAGCAGGCAGGAGAAAGUUGUGUAUAAAAAAGCAGGAGAAAGCCAGGUGGGAGAAUCCACAGCUACUCUAUUUCUUCCUUCAUCUGGAACUUUAGGUAUAAUGGGAAGGGCCAUAGUUCAGUGGUAGAGCAUCAGCUUUAUAUGCCGAAGGUCCCAAGUUCAAUCUCCAGUAUCUCUAGGUAGGACUGGGAAAGAUGCUUGCCUGGAACUCAGGAUAGCUGCUGCCACUCAGUGUAGAAAAUAUUGAGCUACAUGGACCAAUGGUCUGACUCGGUGUAAGGCAGUUAGCUGUGUUCCCAAUGUUGAUUUGUAGGUUACAACUUAGCAACACAAUUGUCUCAAGGCUUGCAGUUAACUUAUCCCAGGUAAAUUUCACAUUAAGUUCAGAGACUAGAAUUUUAGAAUGAUUCAUUGUUUGCUUUCCUGUCACAUGUCAAUAAUUAGUAAGGUGUUAAUUUGUUUUCUUUCUCAAAGCUUGUCUUUUGGGGUGGCUUCUCUUUCUGCAGAGUUCUUGGGCAAGUGUCGUGUGAACUUGUCGCCCCAAAGCCAAAUCGUGCAACAGAGGGCAUACUUUUCUUUAAUCUUGAACUCUCUCCUAUGGCAUCACCUGCUUUUGAGCCUGGAAGGUAUGUGAGCGUUCCCCCUGCUCCCUGUAAUGUCAACAAGCAAAGAUAAUGCAAAAAAAAAUUAAAAUACUGUUCCUGGCUUUGCAUUUGUUAGGAGCUAAUGCUUUGUGUCUUUGUUUUUUGUUUUUGUUUUCAUUCUAGACAAUCUGAGCUGCUUAUAAAACUAAACCGACUGUUAGAAAGAUGUCUAAGGAACUCCAAGUGUAUAGAUACUGAAUCUCUCUGUGUUGUUGCUGGUGAAAAGGUGUGUGCUUGCAUGAAUUCUGACACUUUAGUCAAUUAUUUUCCUUUUCUUUUUUGCGUUAUGUUUUUUGGAUUGUGAACCUGUGGACAGGGAUUUUUGUUCUUUCUCUCUCUUGUUGCAUGGUACCUAGUACCUAUUAGGUACCCCUGACCAUUAGGUCCAGUUGUGGCCGACUCUAGGGUUGCAGUGCUCAUCUUGCUUUAUUGGCCAAGGGAGCUGGCGUACAGCUUUCAGGUUAUGUGGCCAGCCUGACUAAGCCGCUUCUGGCGAACCAGAGCAGCACAUGGAAACGCCGUUACAUAUAUAUAUAUAUAUAUAUAUAUAUAUAUAUAUAUAUAUAUAUUCUUAAUUAUUUGCCAGGAAUGGAUUGAUUUUUAGUAAACCAAUGGUGGGCACUGAGUUAAAUGAGACUUAAACCUACAUAAGGUUAUAACUCUGCUGAUUAUUUCUAGAGAUAAUGUAUGGUAUUUGGCAAAGGUAUUUUAAAUGUCUGUUGAACUGUAGAAGAGACCCCAGCAUUUAUCUGCUAAAGGUAUUCAAUAGCAAAAUAUUUAUUUAUUCUGUAAAAGUUUUUAUAUGCUAUCCUGUUAUAAAAUAUAAGGGUGGUAUAGAACAUUAUAAAAAUCUUAAAAGUUCAGUAAAAGCAUUGCAAAAUCAUUGCUAGAGAAUAAUUAAUACUGGUUUGCUAUUAAUAUUAGUUUGCUCUCUUUCUCCUGCAGCAGUAAUGGGAAACAUGUGAACCUCCCAUCAUCCCUGACCCUUGGCCAUGCUGGCAGAGUUUGAUGGGAGUUGGAAUCCAACAACAUGUAGAGGGCCACAGGUUCCCAGUUUCUGCUCUACAGUGACAUACACUUAUAUUUUUAGAUACUUUGCAGUGUGUGUGAUCACUGAUGAGAAUGCCACAUUCAGUAUUCCUGCAGAGAUCUUGCCUUCCCAUGUUUUUAGUAACCUUUUGGAAACCAGCAGAGCCUAGACGUGUGUCCUUAUAUUCACAUUAUCUUUGACUCUUUAUUCAAAUAUGUUUUCUCUAGUUUUUAAUGAGAUUUCUAAGGAGGCACAAGGCAAAUAACAGCAGGAUUAUAUUUAUAUUUGCUGAACAUUAAAAAAAACUGAGAAGCAAAGUGAAAUGCCUUGCUUGUUGUUUUUUUAUUCUGAGGUCUGGCAAAUUCGUGUGGACCUGCAUUUGUUGAAUCAUAAUGGAAACAUUAUUGAUGCUGCAAGCAUAGCAGCAAUAGUGGCAUUAUGCCACUUCCGGAGGCCAGAUGUGUCUGUGCAAGGAGAAGAAGUAACUCUGGUAAGUUGCUUCAGUCUUGCAUUCUUGACUUUCCCUUUAAGUAGAAUCCUGAUGGUCCAUCAGUGAGAGUUACCUUUACAAAGCAAAACAACAUACUUGGGACUUCAUAAGCAAGAGGACAUAGUACUCAAAAUCAGUUAGCACAGAUGAGUACAGCCUUGCACGGAUAAAAACCUAAGAAACACCUUGUUCAGUCAGAUCAGGGUCCAAUGUUCUUUGCAAUAAUUCUUGCAGGCACUAGGUGGUCUACCAAUAAUUGGUUUGUGGGCUGCUAUCCCACUUAUAUAUUGUCUGAUUUUGGAUUUGUGAUAGCUGUAUAUUAAAUAUGAAGUUAUACAUAAAACAUUGGGGGAUAAGAGCAGGAACCAUCUACUGAUUUGCUUAGCUACGAAGAGUUGAUCAGCUUCAGUUGAGACUCCUCUCUAAAGCAAGUGGGGAGCUUUUAGAGGAUGGGCAAGAUAUUCAAAUAUAAUAAAAAUAUAAAUCAUUUAACUGUAUAUCUAUAAAGCUAUGUUCUUCUCAACUCUGAGGGCUGGAAAUUUCUCUUCUUACAGAUUUGAAAGCCGUGUAACCACUCAGUUUUAUUCUGUAACUAGUCAGUAAGAAUUCUCAGUUAUGUAUUUUUUGCUAAGUAAAGUAUUCUUUUGUAUUGGACUAUUUAGUAUACCCCCGAGGAGCGGGAUCCUGUCCCUCUGAGUAUCCACCACAUGCCUAUCUGUGUAAGCUUUGCUUUCUUCCAGCAAGGGUAAGUUAAUCUUGUUCCAUGAGCUGAAAGCCACUUGCCAGCAUUUCUAGAAUUCAGGCGCAUAACACCAAAGAGGAACCAUCGGGUGGGUUCUUGAAAGUGAGAUAGUGUGCCGUCUUAAUCUGAAAAAUCAGUUAGUUAUUGCAGUGUAAUAUGACUGAUUUUAACGAGUGUUUUAUCAGCGUAGGUUUUAAUUCACAAACACAUCUUAAACAUAUACCUAACAUCUUGCACAUUGUAUUGUUUAAAUUUUCAUUGAUCUUCUCUUUUGGGAUUAAACACUUACUGAUAGUUUAUAAAAUGAUUGCAGGACCUACUUGUUAGUAGAUCCCAGUGAACAGGAGGAACGUGUAAUGGAUGGUCUUCUUGUGAUUGCUAUGAAUAAGCACCGUGAGAUUUGUACAAUUCAGUCCAGUGGUGGAAUUAUGCUGCUAAAAGAUCAGGUAAUAUGGAAGUUUCUGAAGUUUGAGUAUUAAGCUGUGGAUCACACUUUAUGCAGAUAAUUAAUGUUUCACCAUUGAGUAAUCCAUCUUCACAUAAGGUCUUGAUUGCAUUUUGAACUGGAUAGGUACUUUUAAUAUUAUUCUGCAGAGCAUGUCUGAGACAGAGUGAGAAGGAAGAGCUUGCACAUUUAGGUGCCUACAUGGAGAUAGAAAGUUUCAAGAGGCUUGGCUUGCUAAUCGUCAAUUGACUAUUUGAAUGUAGAGACACUUCCCUGUACUGCAAAUAUUAAAAAGUAUACAAAUGAGACAUUUAAACCAGGCUUGCAAAGCUUUUGCAUAAAAAAAACUCUUUUAACCUAAGAAUGGCUUGACCUCUUCAAGGACAAAUAAUUGCUUAGACCUAAACUUGCAAUUCUAACAAAGUAUCACCUAAUUUGAAUAUUGCUAAAAUCAUACUUUUUGCUAAAGUUCAAUGGAAACUAUCCCAUGAUGCAGUCUUCCAAUAUUUAUUUGCUACAUGACUUAGUGCGAUACUAUUAGCUCAAAAUGUUGGUUGUUUCUGCUGCCCUUUUUUCUUCUUACUUGAAAUAGAAGAGAGAAACCUGUAACUUCAUAGAGUGAAUGCUGCUGUUUAUUCUUAGUAUGUAAACAGACAGCCUUUUAAAUCCUUUAAUUAAGCUUCAUUUAAUCCAUUUUAAAGGCUUGGUAUUACUCAAAAGCCCAGUAAUUCCCAGAAGUCUUGGCAGGGGGGUAGAUAUCUCUGAACCAUGGUUUAAGGGCAUGCUAUCCUCAGUCUGCUCCCUUGCUAUAAAUUGACUAUCCAGUGUCUGAAGCAUAGUCAUUCUUGCAUCUUUCCUUGCCCCGGAUCUAAGAACUUGACCAUACCUCAUACGGAGUGAACACAUGCUGUGACAAAACCUUUUAGCUUAUAUUUGCUUAUGUCAUGAUAUUGAUCUAUUUACCACAGGUUCUGAGAUGCAGCAAAAUAACCGGUGUUAAAGUAGCAGAAAUUACAGAACUAAUUCAAAAAGCCUUGGAGAAUGAUCAAAAAGUUAGGUUAGUAUGUCACAGGUACUCACUUGCAUCACCAAUUUGUUCCAUUUUAAAAUUAAUCUACAAAUUUUCUCAAUCAGACUUUGUAUAAAAUCUGCCUGAUAGGUUUCCUGUAUCAGAAUAGUUGAAUUGGACCAUGAGUAUUUACUCAGGCCAUUAGAAAUAGGGAAGAAAUAGAUUAGGGCUGUCAAGGAUAUUUCAUUUGGCCACCAGAAUAAGGGUAGGAGCCAGAUGAUAAGCAUAUAUUACACCACUUAUACAUCAGUUACCCUGGCUACCAAUUUGUUUCUGAACUCAACUUAAAAUGUUAUUGAUCCCAAAGGUUAGGCCACAUAGGAACCUGCCUGAACCCUGAGAUUGUCAAUGCUGUCCCAGCUGUCUGACCAAUUCAGCCUUUUCUGUCAUAAUACUGCCAAGCCCCUCCUCUUCCAGUCUAUAAAUAAGCUCUGAAAACAUUUUAUUCAGAUAAGUCAUAUUAUUCCCUCCCCACCCUACUACUCUUCUUGUGCUGAUGUACUUUUGUUUUCUUGUUUGGCUGUUUUAAUUGUUCUGUAACUUUGUGAGUCACUUUGAUGGGAAUUUUUUUUGAAAGCAGGAUAUAAAUUGAAACAGAAGCUAUAUUGCUUAUUUAUAUUUGUUUUGUAGAACAUUUCAACAUUAUGAAUGUUUAUGUCAAUUUGGAUGUCUAAAGGAACUUUUUUGUUUGUUUUAACAGGAAAGAAGGAGGGAAAUUUGGAUUUGCAGAAUCUAUUCCCAGCCAGAAAAUAACAGCUUUUAAGAUAGAUCAAGCCCCAAUUGAUACUAAUGAUGUACAAGAGCAAGCUGAAGAAAUAAUCUCAAAAGCAUUUCCACCUUCCGAAGUGUAUCCUUUUUAUUGCCUCACAUCAGUGUGUUAGGUGAUUGAUGUUAAGUGGUAGAGCUAUUCUUUUACAAUUGAAUACAUUUUCACAAUUCUAGUUUCAGUGGCAAUGCCUACACAAAUUUUUAUAAAAGAGUGUCCAAGAACCGCAUGAAGAUUCACCACAGCAGGAAAGAGCAUAUAGCAAUCAGGGUUGUGGUUAUCCCACCAGGGGAAAAGUUAACUAGAUGUUGAAAAAAAUCGCAAAUGUCCUAAGAAGGAAGCCUAGCAAAAUGUUGAGGAAAAACGGUAUCUGAAGCUUGUGCAUCAUAUUGCUAACAACACACUGUGCUAAAGACUAUUGUGCAAAAAGGUAUCAGAGUAGGUAUCACUGUUCUGUGAUCCUAAGUAGCCCUGUUUAGGGAGGUUUUUAAUGUUUAAUGCUGUAUUGUGUUUUUAAUAUUCAGUUGGGAGCCUCCCAGAGUGGCUGGGGAAACCCAAGCAGAUGGGUGGGGUAUAAAUAAUACAUUAUUAUUAUUAUUAUUAUUAUUAUUAUUAUUAUUCAUUUAUUUAUUUAUUAUCUAUACAUUUUUGUCAAAAAAUUAUGGAGAAUUUAUACCAUUGCUGCAUUGCAUGCAAGUGUUGAGGACAGACUGAAGCCUGUUUCUCCAAAAUAAAAAGCAAAAUGUGGUAAAAGGUCAGGUCUAUUUCUGAGUCAGAAAGCCCACCAAGUCCCUCAUACUAUAAUGAAAUCUGGAUAAUGUCUGCAUUUUGCUUAAUGAACCUAGCUUGGCCAAGCCCAUUUUAUGGGCUUCUGGCACAGCCCAGAUUGGAGAAGGACAAGAGAGUUCUUGGGGAGAUUUUGAGGAAUCUGAGAAGGAAGAGGAGGAAGAUGAAGAUGAAGUCAACCCAGAUGAACCAAUAACUGUAGAAGACCAGAGUAUGGAAUCAGGAGACACUGGUGUUCGAACCAGAAAUCAGAAAGGUUUAGCAGCAGUGCUUCACGAAAGAUCGCGGGGUAAUAUCAAAUGGGAAAACACAGCUUAAAAGUUGUAAAUUAGUGUCUGCAGAUGUUUCUGCUUUAGUGCAUGCUAAUUAUAGGUAAGCAAGAAUUCUUGGCCACAACAAUAGACAGUUGAAUAUCCAGAGGGGACAGUUUGAAUAUUGUCUUGAAUAAAGUCUGUUUAUUGCCAACCAGGCUGGGCCAGAUCCUGAGCUCAUUGCCCAAUGUGGGCCAGUUUCAUAGCCCCUGUCAGUCACAUGAUGUCACUGUGACAUCUGAUGACCCAGCUUCAAAAUUGUACUCUUAAGCGCACCCACAGUAUUCCCUUUCUUCUUUGCAGCCUGGCUUGAACUCGAGAUGGGCUGCAAAAGGAAGAUCCUUGCCAAAAGCACAGUUUGCAGGCUGAUCAGCCGUGGUUGCAAGCCAGGAUUAAUUUGGGAGCUCAGGAGUCAAAACUAAUCCCAGGAGAGUUUGCAUUUGGUCCCAGAUUUAAAAGGUCCUGCAUAUAAGCCCUGCUUUCCAAAUAAUUAUUGAGAGAACACUUUGAGGCUCAUGAUGGUUCCUUUGCAGCUGUGUCUUUACCCACCCACCUAAUUUGUUUGGCCUUUUGGGCCAAAGAUUUUGUCUGUUUUCUGCACUAUGUUGCUGUUGAAUCAGAAGAGUUAAAGUUUUCGCAAACUGAUAUUUUCCAAUUAGUGGGACGGGCCCUUCUCUCAACUCACAAUUAGUUAGAAACAUGAACGUCUUUGAAGUGGAGUUUUAGAGUUGGAAGGAGAGCAGUUGUUUUUAGGAUUGUAGUUGGGGAUGAUGUGGGCUGGAGGGAAAAUAGUUGCAAGCUGUAAGCAUUGGUAAGCUGGAGAGAAAAGUGGCAGGCUGUUAAACACAUCAAGCUAUGCAGAGGGACAGAGGGCCAUGACUGACUUCUGCUGGCAUCCAAGGCUGUGGCCGUGGGAGAGGCAAUAACCUUUUGGAGUGUUAAUGCUUUGAAUCCCUCCAUCAUAUGCUCAGGUUGUAUAUAUGUGUAAAUAAGCCAUAUGUCCUAAAGAUGCCAAAGGAAACAGACCCUGGGUUCUGGAACGCCUGGAAUCUCAUGCCACUCAGAUAUUGGUGUGGCAUGUAACACAAUUCAGGAUUAACCGUGGUGCCAACACACACAAUACAGUUGCCAUCAGCCUGAAAUGGCACACCCUUUUCUGCACUUCUGCUACAGCAUAUCGUUUAUCAUGUUAUCCCAGAUGAAACCCAUGUACCAAUGAAUAAUUUUCUUACAUUUUUAAGAUGAGACAAUCGUGUUGUCUGACAGUGAAGAGGAAGAUGUUGUUAUCCUGGAGCCAGAAAUUGCACUCAGCAGGUAAUCACAAGGACAUUUUCCUGUUUCUGUAGCUGGCUGUGUUUGACUGAGACUUACUGCUAGUAUGGAAAGGGAUUCAGAAUCCACACAUUGCUUGUGAGCAAGGCACCUAGCACUGCUUCCCACCCUGGUGGUCUUACUUCCACUAGUUUUAUUGAACAGAUAAGAAAUUGGAGUCACUUCUGAGCAGUGUUCAAAUUGCAGGACAAAAUGCCCACCCUAGUCCAUAGCAUAUCUGUAACUCAGGUGGGAUAUAAAAUAGGGGUUAGGGAGGCAUAAAAAAACCUAAUGGAUUAAAAAAACCAAAUAGCUCUAUAUUCAGAGAUGUCCUUUAAGAUGAACUUGAAGAAAGGUAAGAGUUUGAGGCUGCAGUACCCCAAAGAUACUGUAUGUUGAUGGAGUGGAAGCUUGCAUGUACGACAGCAAAUAGUUAUGGGCAGGAUUGCUGCAGACCUACUAAGUUGCUCAAAUUGUUACUAAGCUGCUUCUAAGUUGUGCCUUUGGAGGAAAGAGGCCCAAAAUCCACAGAAUGAAUAAAUGUGUUCUGUAUCUAGGCCACAUGAUCUAAACAAAAUAAGUUCAUUUUAACUGAAAGUUAGCUAUGGAUUCAAAGAGAAGUUUUUGUAUCUGACUCAGGAAAAGAUAUUGGUGUUCUGGAUGUGUCUAAGCUUUUCCACCUUGUGAAAUGUUUACUUAAAAUUUUAUGCUAAGGGGGAAGAAAAGGAUAUAUUUCUAUAUUUUUAUGUGCUUAGCUGGAACUUGAAAUAAAAGAAAACUAAACAUUGCAUUAUAAUUCUUACCUUUUUUUUUUACCCAUGUAAUUCAAGUUAAAGGUGAAUUCUGAACCCAGGGAGCAAGUUCAUACAUCUCUUCUAUAGUUCUAGACCCAUACUCUUCCACUACAGAAAUGUAUUGGUCAUAGCCAAAGUCCCAUGGACAUUGAAUUGUCUAUUGUGUAUCAGCAGGUUUAAAACCUUAAGGCUGGGUAGUGCCCAAUAGCAGUUUCUGAAACGGGGUGGUGGAGAGAGCAUGCACAUAAGGGUUCAGUACUGUGCAAUUCUAAAUAUGUUAAGUGAUGAGUGCAGCUUAUUCCCUAUAAACAUGCCUGUGGUAAGGAGUACAGCCUUCAUAGCUGUUUUCAGAUACAAUGCUAAUCUUUUAGAGACCUGGGCUCAUCCACCAUUCCAUUUGCCCCAUUGCUUCCUUCCCCUCAGGAAAACCCAGUUCACACUGAAUUGGAACAAAUGGCAGUUGGAUUUUUCGUGGAUUGCUGUUUGUUCCAUUUGAGCACCAGAGUGUGGUUUUUCCAGGGGAAAGGCAAAACCACUAUGUGGAAGUGCAAAUGAGCGCAUAUUUUGUAUAAUUGAAAAUUAAUAUAGUGUAGUUUGAUGAAAUGGACAGACUACUGGAUUUUGCUGUAACUUCCCUGCUUUUCUUCCCUACAGACCUGAGUCUUCCCCAAAGCAGGACAUCAAUAAAAAAACAGCUGGCAAAAAGAAGAAAAAAGCUGUUUGAAGUUUUAUUGUUUAUAUUAAACUUGCUUGCUCUGUAUUCUGUAACUUAGUGUGUAUGUGCACAUGCAAGGAAUUGUCAUGGUGUGUUCACUUGCCUAAGUGCAGUAUCUUUUUCAAAUAAAGUUUAGGCAGAACUGGACUAGGGCUCUAUUCUGUGUAGCUCUUUGCUAAAGGAAAGGUUGUGAGGAUCUGACCGGUUACUUGAUUUCUGCUUUCUGUUCACAGGGUAAUGACAAAAGAUCAUCUUUCCUCCUCUUUGACACCCAAACCUCUAGGUCACAGUUUUAAAAGUGACAUUUUUAGAAAUAGCCCUAUAAAAUGGUAUUGAACUUGAGAAGGUUCUAUGGAGCGCUUAUAUUGAAAAUAGGUUAAGUUAACACAAAGGCAGACAAGUCCUCUUUCAGGAUUUUAUUGACCAGCUUCAAGAUGGUUUACACGUAGGUCUUUACAUGCAAUUGGUUUGCUGUGAGCACAUGUGAAGCAGUAUUCUAUCUUACAGAAAAUCCUACUUAAAUAUGAAUAUAAAAGUUAGCCACCCUUACAAAUAUAGAAAACCUUUCAAACCAGGGCUUAGUUUGUACAGCAGACCCACUACUUCCACCCUGUAUCAAUACAUAUCACAUUUGAACAGCUACCCAAGCCUAGGACCUUUGCUAGCUGCAGUUGGGUUGCAGAGCAGUAUGCAUGAGUUGAGAUCACUGUUCAGCACUGCGACCUCUAGCACCAAAUCCAUGGCCUUUACGUCUGUAGGUUAUAGUUUGGCAUGCUCAAAUAGGCAACACAUUAAGUAGUUUCAAUUUGUGACCUCAGAGUACAAGCCAAGACAGUUUUCAGACAGCAAUAGCUGUCUAUAUAGCCUUCCUGUGACAAAAAUGCUAUUUCUUGCCCUUGUUUUCAAGACUCCCUUUCUGUGGGUUAGAGUGAAAAUCAUUAAUGCAGCGUUUCAUAAGCUACUGUAGCAGCAUGAACUUAAGUGGCACUACUGCCACCAGCAGGCACAAACAUCUAAUAACCAGUCAACAUUCUUAAUGGCUACUCAGAACUGUAAAAAGUAGCAUCACUCUUAAAUUAUGUUAAGCAUUAGUUGACUUUCCCAAAUAUACUGUUGCAACUUAAUUGUAUAUAGGAGUCUGAAUAGACUGAACCUUCCUUCGUAUUAGUAUUUCAAGUAUGCAGACAGACUCUAUUGAAUUUUCUUGAUUUGACAUUUAGAGUCAGAAUCCCUACUUACAUGCUCUUAUUUUUAAAAAAGGGUCAGCAGUACUUAAGUGGUUGACCUGCAUGGUUUAAGUCUGUUUCAACAGAACUUUUAAAGGCGCGUCACCUAAGUAUUUAGAACAAGAUUGCAUGUACAAAAGUUUACAUUAAAACAUUAUAAAAGUAGAAAACUUCACAAUUUUCUAUGGUAAUAUACCAGAGUGAUCGAAGUCUAAAUAAAAGUUUAAAACUGU